AUGUCCACCGACCAACGAACAACCUACACCGCAAACUGCCACUGCAACCAAAUCCGCUACACCGUCACCCUCCCCAUCGCCCUAGCCCCCGCGGGCCCGGGCAAAAUCAACAAAUGCAACUGUUCCAUCUGCACGAAACUCGGGUACUUGCUCGUCUACCCCAAGCGGGAAGACGUCGUCUUCGAGGCCGGGUGUGACGCAUUCUUGAAGGAUUAUUAUUUCGGGAAGAAGCAGAAACCGCAUAGGUUUUGUGGUGGGUGUGGGAGUUCGGUGUUGAUUGAUUUUAAGGAUGCGGCGUCGGAGAGGGAGAGGCCGUUUUUGGCUAUGAAUACCCGCCUUUUCAAGGAUAUUGAUCUGGAUGAGGCGGAGUAUACGACUUUUGAUGGGCGGAAUCGAUUGGAGCCGGCGUAUGAGUUCUAA